UAUUCCGUGCAUCAUCAUCGCAGCUUCAUGCAAAUAAAGGCACCUUUAGCUCACCAUGAGUGAGCUAUUCAACUAUCUCCUCAACAAUGAACCCCAGUUCCGUCGGUAAGCGGUCAAUUCCCACGAUGUUCCCUUGAUCCUCCUACAAACGUAUAUUAAACUAAUAACCAUCUAGAGCGCGUCUUGCAGCAUUGUACUCAGAUUUCCGUCAACAACAGACUUUGAAUCCGGAUGGUUACCAGGCAAAUAUUGAAGCAUGGCGGAAGGCACUGGCAGAUGCGGCUCGAGCAGGAGUUAUGCCAUCUCAAGGGUCGAGUCCUGAUUUACUGAUUUUAAGCGCCGACGACGAACUAUUGCGCGCAUUGGAUACGAACGAAUGGGGAAGACCAUUAUCUCUAGGAGCAGUUGUACAGGAAGCUAUUGCGAAAAAACACUUAAUGCCAUUGAAGGAAUUUAUGGAUGCAACUGACAGUAUUUAUACGACAUCAUGGACUAUAAAGCCUUGGGAUAUAGUAGCAUGGGGAUUGAAACAGUUUGGUAUAUCAUUUGGAGGGAGUAAAUUGCCGGGAGGAAAAUUGGUCAUUCUUGAGAAUGUUGAAGAAGCUGCAAAAGUCUUUGCAGCAAAGAAUAUAUCGAAGACAGGGAGGGUGGGAAGGAUAUAUCCCAGAAAGAUGUUCAAGGGGGAGUUUGGCAAUGUACUGGGGGAGCACACUCUUUCAGAAGUCGAUAUGGAUGCCUUUUUGAAAUUCCUCGCAAGGGAUAAGAAGAUCAUAGCUUAUGAUGGCGAAACUAUCAAGCUGAAAGCGCCAACAGACUCCAAGAGUCCAACAAUUACUCAAGAGGAUACCUCGAUAGCAUCGUUGAAAUCUUUGAUCGCAGAUCUUGAGACCCAAACAAAGCUGUUCGCUCAUAGAGUUGAGACCAUGGAUUGCGCAGCCAAAGAAGCUGUUGCAAAGAAAAACCGCGUAUCGGCACUAGCAGCUUUGAGGUCGAAGAAAAGUGCCGAAACCACUCUUGCGAAUCGUCACGCUACACUAUCACAAUUAGAAGAGGUACUUUCCAAGAUAGAGCAAGCUGCUGAUCAAGUGGAUCUUGUCAGAAUCAUGGAAUCGAGUACGAAGGUACUAUCAAGUCUCAAUAAAGAGGUUGGUGGUGUGGGAAGAGUAGAUGAUGUAGUUGAUCAAUUGAGGGAGCAAAUGGGACAAGUUGAUGAGGUCGGAAAUAUCAUUGCGGAGCCGGCACAGAACAAUGUCGACGAAGCCGAAGUGGAUAAUGAACUGGAGGCUAUGGAGAGAGAAGAAGUGAGGAAGACUGAGGAGAAAGAACGUUUGUUUAAAGAGGAGAAAGAAAGGAAAGAGGCUGCGGAAACAAAACGCAAGUUGGAUGAAUUGGAGGAAUUGGAACGAAAGGCAAGAGAAGCGAGGAAGGAAGAAGUUGUUGAAAAGAGCACACAAGAUAUACAAGGGAUGUCUCUAGAGCCAGAGCCAGUACCUGAGCACGCUUGAGGUAUUUGUAAUAUUUUUCCUGUAGAUCGGGUUUUUUUGAAUAGCAUAUU